CCAUCAUUCGAGGGAAAAAUUAUUACUGAAAUAUUAUAACUAUCUGUUAGUGAAUGUAAUCCAUUAUUCCUUUUUCCUGUUACUCAAUUUUCGUACAUAUUCAAUUAUGGCUGACGACACUGAAUGGCAUACUGUUUGUAGUCACAAGCAUACAGCUGGCGAUGCAGGGUCAUCUAAACCAACAGCAUCUGAUACAACGAGAUCUAACACCAGACGUAAAUCGAAGCAUAAAAUCAAUUCAGCAGCUUCAUCCACCAAAAAGCAAGACUUGGAAAGUAAAUCCACGACGCAACAGCAACGUCGUCCGUCCCAACACGUACCACAUAAUAAUAGCAAAAAGCACAGAGACAAUGACAAAAACUCACUAACAGGAACUCGGUCCACCGGUAGUCGUGAACAUCGUCGCCAUAACCAUGAUGCCAACCAUCAACAACAUUCAGCAAAGACGGCCAGUAGCAAUAGCAGCAACCCUUUUCACGCCGUCGAUGACAAUAUCGACUCCUCGGAUGAAGAGGAAGAGCACGAUGGACAGACUGAUCCUAUUGAUUUGCCAGUCCCGCCUUAUCAUACCACUAUUGUUGUAUCUUGCCCUUUCAAAGACUGUGAAUCACCUGUCCCUUUCUUAGAUACAACAUCUUUGGUAGCCCAUCUGAAGAAGGACCAUCACGUUAUAUUCAAAGAUCUGCACCAUAUGUAUAUUGCUUUGGAAGCUUAUUUGACUCGAUGGGCAAAAGAAUUACAAAUUAAGCCGUUGUCGGAUUACGGAUACUUGAAAAACGAGGGUGAAAGUGAUGUUGAUAAAGGUGAGGGACAUCCUUUACAGUGCUUUAAAUGUAUUAAUCAAGACUUAUCAACACUCUGUUACAUGCUCUUAGUUUAUGUUAUCGAUCAUGAAAAGUGUGCGCUAGACAAAGCCAUCAGAACUGAGAUGCAGCAUGACAAAUUGAACGAAGUAUUGGACAUACAACAAAAUGAACGUGAUUACUGUUCAAAGCAACCAAGGAAAUGUCUUUUCUGUAAAAUAAUCUGCGAAAACAGAGCACUUUUAUUCAAACAUAUGUUUGCUGAGCAUAAUUUUAAUAUUGGUUUGCCGGAUAAUCUUGUCUACGUGAAUGAGUUCUUGGACACGUUGGAAGCUAAAUUAUCAAAGCUACAGUGUCUGUACUGUGAAAAAACAUUUACUAGUCCGGCUGUUCUACGUAAACACAUGAGAAAGAAGAAGCAUUUCAAAAUUGCAGCCAAGAAUAGACAAUACGAUAAAUUCUAUGUUAUCAACUAUUUAGAACCUGGUAAAAAUUGGGAGAAUUUUGAAAACGAAAACGAUAAGAGUGAUGAUGACAACCUUGAUGACUCUUGGGCAGAUUGGGAAGAGGAUGUUCAGGAAUCUACUAUGUGCUUGUUUGACACUCAAGUAUUACCAUCACCCAAAGAUGCGCUCGAACAUAUGAGGAAAGAUCAUGGAUUUGAUCUGACACAGCUGAGAAAAGAGAAAGGCUUGGAUUUCUAUCAAACAAUAGUACUUAUCAAUUACAUUCGUCGUCAGUCCUCACAUACCAAAUGCUUCUCAUGUAACAAGGCACUAGAAGAUGAAAACGAACUAUCCAGCCAUUACAACAAUGAAGAUUGCAUCAUGAAUUUUGUGCCUAUGGAUGCCGAUUUUUGGAAAGACCCGCAAUUCAUGAUUCCAACUUACGAAAACGAUCCACUAUUGACAGGCUUCGAGGAAGAAAAUGAAGAAGACGAGGCAGAUGACAAGAAUUUAAAUGACGAAGAGGCCAACAAGAGAUACUUGCACCAAGUGAUGCAGAAAUCAUUAUCACUUUCUGACGGAGCAAGGGACAUUUACAAAACGAACAAUCGAUAGACAUAUUAUGCAUAUUUGUUUAAGCUGCUAUUAUAAUUAAGGCCAACAUACUUCCUACUAUUGUAAUAAUAAUUAGAAAUAAACACAUGUUUCGAAAGGUAUUUCGUUGAUGCCGACUAGCUAUUAUCAAUUCAUCAGCUGCCUGUCUUGUGUUCUGUGCUAUAUUCAAUAUGUUCCCAUAAAUGCUCUCUGACAACGUACAAGUGUAUGUAUGCAAGUGUAUAUUACAGUUUUACCAUUAAUUUAAGGUCAACAGUUAGUUUACGUUCAGUAAAGUGAUCAAAAAAAAAAAAAAAA